UAUAAAUUCAAAACUUUUCGGCACACAUCUAAAAAAAAAAAACAAAAAUUUCUCCGUUUUUCAGCAUGCUUACAAAGUCGUCGCACGUUCAAUGGAAUCUGCUAAAACGCGCAGUUGGAAUCUACCAACAAUCGCGGGCAUAUAAUUGGGGCAUAUAUGAUGCCAGUUCUGGCAAAUGUUGCCAUAUGCGUGAUGCAGAUACUACGAAGUGUGCGGGACAAAAGCAGGUUUGUAAACGGAUGACACCGCUUCCGAAUCGCUGCUACAAGCGGAACGAAAAUAUAUUCGAUUUGGAGAAGGAAUAUCCAAAAUUUUUAAUGGAGAUCUACGAACGUCGUCAGGGGAAUAUGAAUUGUGAUUUAAUGAGGUACGACAAGUGUUACUAUCAGCCAUCGGACAAAAAUCGUCGGUAUCAACGCACUUGGCCGGAAUGCCCCUUAAUUUGGUUGCGGCCGAAACAAACGUGUUGCUAUGAUCGUGAAUAUUAUCCACCCAUGAAACGUCGACAGAGGCCUCCGUCGGGUCCUCCACUGACAGCGAUUGAGAAGCACCAUCAUGCCAUGAGAUUGUUAUGUGCCAGUUAUCUAACAUGGCCCGGUUGUAAAACAGGUCGUAAGCCGCCGAAAUGUUUAAAAGGUCGCAGACCUACAGUUUGUCAAAAGGAACUGGCACCAUACCCAAGCUUCUCCGAAUGCAAUAAACAGUGCAUGACACGCGUUUGUCCCUUGCAGUGCACCUGCAGGAUCUUUCCCAAUAUGUGCGACGUCUGGAGUGCCUAUCAUCACAAUCGUGGCAAACUGAAGUCGUGCACCCAAGCUCUAGUCUCCUUUUGUCCGUUUAAAACCCGAAUUCGAUAUCCCUAAGCGAAAGCU